GUGGGAAAGGGAGAGUUUAGAAAGUGAAAACAGGAUCAGUUUAUGUGUCCUUAUACAGAGGGACAGACAGCAGAGGAUACACCCACAGCCUGCAAUCACUCCCGGAGAGACCCGGACUCUCACAAACAUGGCAGUCCAUCUCUUCCUUUUCUGUUCCUCCAUCGUGAUCACCGCAGCACUUGAAUCAGAGGCAGAGAAGAAGGAGGAGGUGCCUGACCCAUUCUAUUUUGAUUACACGUCUCUUCGGAUCGGAGGUCUGGUCUUCGCUGGAGUUCUUUUUAUCCUCGGAAUACUUAUUAUCCUGAGCCGAAAAUGUCGUUGUAAAUUCAACCAGCAUCAAAGAACCGGCGAACCUAUUGAAGAAGAAGGAUCGUUCAGAGCUUCAAUGAGACGCCUGUCUAGCAGACGGUUAUAGCUUGGUUGCUGUUUUCUUUCCCUGUGUGAGAGGGUGUGUGGCUUAUACCUGGCUUGGAUCCCUGGUUUUUGCACCUGCGAGCUGUUCCUGUGGUCCCAUACAUUAGCGCUCAGCUAUCAAUGCACCCAAUUCACCUGAAGAACGAGGAGACAGAACAUAGACUGAAACACACAGCAGAUAUUCUUGGAACUACAAUAAAUGAGUUACAACGUUUCCUUUUUAUGAUCUUCAGAUAAAAUGAAUGAGAGGUGGAGGCUCCGUUAUUUUCCUGAACAAAGAUCGGAUUUCUGCUAUGCAAGGGGUACAUGUGAUAACAUCCUUAAACUGGUCAAACCUGCGCUUCACCAAAGGCUUAGAACGCUGAUCUCCUGGUCUGAUGUGGGAUUUUUAUCACAAAUUAACACAACACGUGUAUGAAUUAAAUGUGGUGGGUUCUUCGGACCUUUGCCAUUCCACUUUAUUGCCAAAAUGUUUUGAAUGUUGGAAAUUUAUAGCUAAACAAUAAAUAAACAAAUGAAUAUUUAGACAAACCUAUAGCAGAAAAUUGAGAGGAUGAUUAAAUAUCUCCAUAAUACAUUUUGCAGUUUUUUAUAUUUUGUUUCACUUCGUUUUUUAAACCACGCAUUGUUAUAUAAUGGUGAUAUAUGAUGCAAAUUUGAAAAAAGUACAUUAUAUUGGUAAACAUUUAACGAACAAUACAUUGAUUUCCUAUUAUACAUAAACACACUAUGUAGAUUUACUAAGUAACAUUGAAAGUACCCCUGUGGGAUUUAAACGACUCAAAGUAAAAUAUAUUGAAAAGUGUUCGCUUAAAUUAAUCGAAACCAUAGAAGAACUUUAAUUAAAUGCCAUAUGCAACUAAUAUAUUAAAUCUAAUUUUAUACAAUUAUUCUCUUCAAUGUCUUGAUGUUUUUAAUCAGUUUUAAUGAUUGCUAUUGAGGUUAAAACUGGAACGUUUGUUUUCUUCUCUAUAAAUAUCAUGUUGUGUUGAACUGACAAGG